CUGCAAGUGUCGGUUGACUGGUUCGUUGUCGCACUCCUAGGUUCUGAAGAAAGCAAGCAGUAACAGCCAUGAGAACUCAAGUCAUUUUCGCACAGUUUGCUUUGGCACUUCUUUCCAUUUUGGCAUCACAGAAGGCGGAUGCUGCCGUGUCCUGUGUCACAGCGGGAGGAGUGUGCCGGGACGCGGACUCCGCAGAAUUGGAAGGAUGCGUGAGUGUCGAAGGAAAAUGCAAGAGGAACAUGGAGUGCUGCCUGGACGUAACCAGAGGCGGAAACGACGACAGAAAAUGCAACAGAGCCGGAGGCAAAUGCAAGAGGAGGAAUGACUGUAACCGACAUGAUAUCUUGGACAAGCCAUGCAGUGGAAAUCGAGUGUGUUGUGACGACGGCGAUUCGAGCUCUACCUCAACUAGUUCCACACCUUCGUCAACAAGCUCCUCCACGCCUUCCUCCACAAGCUCCUCCACGCCUUCCUCCACCAGCUCUUCAACGCCGUCGUCAACCAGCUCAUCGACGAGCUCGUCAACAACCACUCCGAAAAGGAAAUACUGAUUUGACCCUCGAGCUUCAAUUGGCCUUGGAAUGUGGAUGCUUUUCAAACAAUCAUGUUCCUUUCAAUUCUUUACUUUAUGAUCACCGUCUGCUGUGUAAAUUUAAUCUCUUCUGAUUUGGUUUGUUUUUUCUUUGUUUUUUCUUCUUGCCAAAUUGAAUUAUGGAAAUAAACGAUUGAUUUGUUGACAAAAAAUGAUGAAUAAUGAAUGAAAUAAAUGUUUAGCACCUCACUGGGUCUGCGAUAU